CCGCGCAGUUUGGGCGAGGAAGGCGCUCUCCCUGCAUUGUUCGAGCCCUUGGCCGGGGAAAGCCGGGCGGAGAGGCGGCUCCCUUCGCUCUUGCUCUCACCUGGGCGCCUCCAGGUUCCACACUUGGGCUCUUCCUUGCCUUGACUCGCGGGAGGACGAGCCCGAGGGGCGUGCCGGUUGCUUGGCGGGCUUCUCUCGCGGGCUGGAUGCGGGGAAGCGCCCGGUGCGGAUGGUAUGGUUAGUUUCAGGCGGGGAGUGCGCCCUGCCUUGGCAACGUGGCCCCGAUGGACCAGAGGCCGGCCUGGGCUCCCUGAGGCGGGCGAGGCGUGCUAGGGAGAAGCCCGCUUGAGAGGAGCAGCCCCCUCCUGCCAUCGGAGCCCCUUCGGCUCUGGGCGCUUCCUCUCCGUGGGCAUUGCUCCUCCGCUUGGACCCAAGAGGUCUUGACAAGUGGGAACACAUUUAAGAAGAAAUGUCUAUUCAUUCCUUUUGCAUCUGGAGUAUUUUUACCAUAUCACUAAUCUCUGUUAUAAACUCUGAAGGCGUUUGAGGAUUGAAGACUGUAAAACAUAUUCUUCUCUGAAUGUCCUUGGUCUAAAGCAGAUGCACCAGAUCUUUCGGAUGAGUGUAAGGAUAAAAAGACUGAAGAAGUCCUGAAGAUUGAUGGAGGGCCAUGCUAUUCAAACAGCAGGUGUUGCUGAAACAGAAGCUCCUUGUUUUAGGCAGCCUUGCUAUUGGAAGUCUCCUAUAUCUAGUUGCCAGAGUUGGGAGCUUGGAUAGACUGCAACCCAUUUGCCCAAUUGAUGGUCGAUUUGGACUCCGUGGCCAAGAUGAAAUUCCUCUCCGAGCUCUACAAUAUAAGCGUGGGUUGUUACAUGAGUUCCGGAAGGGCAAUGCCAGCAAGGAGCAAAUCCGACUUCACAGUUUGGUCCAGCAGAUUCCCAAGGCCAUAAUAAUUGGAGUGAGGAAAGGAGGAACCCGAGCUCUACUCGAAAUGCUCAAUCUUCACCCGGCAGUGGUCAAAGCUUCUCAAGAGAUCCACUACUUUGAUAAUGAUGAGAACUAUGCCAAGGGCAUUGAGUGGUACAGGAAAAAAAUGCCAUUUUCUUAUCCUCAUCAAAUAACAAUUGAGAAAAGUCCUGCAUACUUUAUCACCGAGGAGGUACCUGAAAGGAUUUAUAAAAUGAACUCAUCCAUCAAAUUACUGAUCAUUGUCAGGGAACCCACAACAAGAGCUAUUUCUGACUACACUCAGGUGCUGGAGGGGAAAGAAAGAAAAAAUAAAACCUACUACAAAUUUGAAAAGCUGUCGAUUGAUCCUAAUACCUGUGAAGUGAACACUAAAUACAAGGCAGUAAGAACCAGCAUCUACACCAAACAUCUGGAGAGGUGGUUAAAGUACUUUCCCAUAGAGCAGUUUCACAUUGUCGAUGGCGAUCGUCUCAUUACGGAACCACUGCCAGAACUCCAGCUGGUAGAGAAGUUCUUAAAUCUUCCUCCGAGGAUAAGUCAAUAUAAUUUAUAUUUCAAUGCCACCAGAGGGUUUUACUGCUUGCGAUUUAACAUUGUCUUUAACAAGUGCCUGGCAGGAAGCAAGGGACGUAUCCAUCCAGAGGUCGACUCCUCUGUCAUUACCAAAUUGCGCAAGUUUUUUCACCCUUUUAAUCAGAAAUUUUACCAGAUCACAGGGAGGACAUUUAACUGGCCCUAAAAGAAAUUUCAUACAACACUGUGUGUUGCACCCAGAGAUAUGCAACCGUGUCUCUAUUAGAGUAAAAAAAAAUAUGCACUUUUUGUAUACACAGCUAUCAAAGUAAUCCUUUUUUUUUCAUGCAUACGUGUACAUAUGCAGUGUGUGACCAAAUAUAAGGUGGGAUCAAUUUUUCUACAGAGCAGUGAAUAACAUAAAGCUUACUCUCUGUAUAAUUGCAUCAUUUUAUGCUAUACAGUUAAAUGAGAAGUCAUUUAAAUAAAUUAAUUCAGCAAUUCCGUUCAAAGGGUCAGUACUCUAUACACUCAAACAAACAAAUCUAGUGGAGGGCUGGAUUACUUUACAAGUUAUUACAUAAUCAGGUCUUGGAAGGUCUACAAUAGGCUGUUAUAGGCCCCUUCCACACAGCCAUAUAACCCAGAAUAUCAAGGCAGAAAAUCCCACAUUAUCUGCUUUGAACUGGAAUUUAUGGUAGUGUGGAAGGGCCCUCAGAUACAUAUUGCUAAAGGAAUACUGACCUUUGAAAGGUGUAAAUCUGUGUCAGACUUAUAUUGGUUUAACCAUUGCUUUCCAUAGGAAUCCUGGGAUGAGUUCUGUGACUGGAUGGGUGGGGAGUGCCAGGGUUCUCAGAUUCUCACCUGCAUUUCCAGGUUUUUUUGGGGAAACCAUGUUCAUUGGCUAGUAAAACAAAAACAAUAUAAGUUUGCAGUGUAAAGCUAUACCCUGUGUGAUGCUGAUUUCUCUUGGAAGUUUUUCCUAUUGUUUGAAAGGAAAUUCUCUCAUGCGACCAACAUUGUUUCAAAUUACCUGUGGUGAGUUUGCACUAUUGUUUUUUAAUUAUUCUUAUUGUUAUUAUUAUUGUAUGGAUCAUCUUGGCACUUGUAGCAUGUCAAUCAUAUGUCAAAAAAUAAGUAUCUUUUCCCCCCUUCUAUGCUUGUAUGUUGACAAAGAGAAACCUACUGUAUAUAAUGUAUAUUGUUUGUAAAUACUGGUUUCACACUAAGUAAUUCUAUUUUGUAAACUGAAUAUGGCUAUUUAAUUUAUUGUGAAAAUUAAAUUUAUUGUGGUAUUUAAAAUGGAAUGGAUUAAAAUUGCUAUAUGUGCAA